AUGUCGAAAACGGCGCCACGCUCGACAAAAGCAAAAGCCAGCACCCCACGACGGGGCCAGAUUGACGGGGUCAUCAAGCGGUUGGAACGCAUGUUGGAGAGCGGAGAUCUGAGCGACGUCCAGUUCUCCAUAGGACGGGAUGUCGGACCAGUGAAAAUCCUGAACGCACACAAGUUCGUGCUCAGCAGCGCCAGCGAUGUGUUUUACAUUAUGUUUAACGGGAGUCUGCCCGAGAACCGCAACGGUCCCAUAGAUAUUCCGGAUAUCCCUCCUCAAGCAUUCCAAAAUAUGCUGAAGUACAUCUACACCAGCGAGAAGCAGGUGACAUUGGAUGAUGUCUAUGCGACAAUGCAGUGCGCCGACAACCCGAUACCUACUGCAUCUGGAACAUACGUGCACUGCAAGGAACUCUUCAAAAUGGAAGAAUUCAGUGAACUACAGCCCAGCACGCUGCGCACUAUUCUGGAACGCGAUACGUUGUUUGCCAACGAAAACCUCAUUUGUGUGGCUGUGGAUCGAUGGGCGGUAGCUGCUUGUACUCGGGGCAAUUUGGAGCCCACACCCGCUAACCGGCGUGAGGUCCUGGGAGAAAUGUUCUACCUGAUCCGAUUUCCAGUCAUGACUGUCAUGCAAGUGGCCGACUUACCUGCAGAUAAUGGAUUGUUGGAGGCAUCGGCGUUAGUGGAGAUGCGGCACCAUAAACAUCGCUUCCCCACACGUCCCCGCCGGCUCCCGGUGAUUCGCAUCGGCGGCAAGGACUUCCGGCACAAGGAAGAGAUCUUUUUCAAACGGCAGCCAAACUGGCGUCCGGCUGCUGUGAUCGGAAAACGUGGAUCCUCAGUCUUUAUCCGCUCUAAAAACAGCAGUCAGGUCUACCUCAUGCCGACAAGGAAUCUAAUUAGAGCGUCGGAUAUCUUGACUGCCAAUCAGCACGUUCGACUCUCGAUUCCCGGUAGUAAGGAUCGUUACAAGGAGGCGCGAUAUGUCAGGCUGGAAGGGGGCUACCACAUCGUCAAAGUGGGCCGCAAAGAACAGAAAGUUAAGUUCCGUCAGGUUUUCGUGGAACAUGAGCGAGUAGAAACGUGGAAGAAAGCCAGUGAUCAGAGCAGUAACCGGAAGAAAGAUACCCCGUUAACGAAGAAGCGAAAACGGGAUGCCGCUGACAGCCACGCGUUAUCACGAGACAGCCCAUAAAUGCCGGAAUAUCUACUUUAUUUUCUCCUAAUUCCCCGGAACACCAAAACCAAACCAAUGUCUUAUCUGCAAACGAAAAGGUCGCCUAUGUAACUGCCAGUGGCCAUGCGGCUAGUUACAGGAAAUUCGCGCCACCAGAACGUCGGGCCGGACUGCUGACUCGUCGCUCGAUUGUAACAGAUGUCUUCAAAAGUUCCUAUUCGAAAAUUAUCUGCGUAUUUCAAUUAACCGUUUUUCAAGUUGGGUAUUCUUCAGUUCAGAGCGCUUCCUAUAAUGCACUGUUUUACUUUUUUGCUAUGCUUUAACGGAGUUUCCUGACAUCUUCCAAAGAAAACGAAAUUUUACUCACUCUAUCUCAUGAUUUCA